GCUCUGGUGGCGAGAGCAACAGCGGCGGUGGCCGUGGAGGCUGGGGCUGUGUGUGUGGGAAGGGAGGAAACGGCGCUGGCUGGGCGAGAGAGCGAGCGAACGAGGCAGGCACCGCGGCGGACGAGGAAGGCACCGCUGGCGAAUCGGCGCUCGGGACAGCGAGGAGGCAGCGAGAGCCGCCGGGAAGGCGGGUGGGCCAUGGAGCGGGCGAGCCGGAGGAGGCGACGCCGGCACUCGUAAAGGCCCGCUGCCCCCUGGGCGAGCGAACGAGCGAGCGAGGCAGGCGGGCGGCCGGGCGAGAAGCCUCACGCACUCGCCCUCACGGGCCUCGGGCCUCAACGGCGCACAGGCAAGGGAAAGAGGCGGCGGCGGCGGCGCAAGGAACCACGCGCUCCGGAAUACAGAGCUUCUUUGGAGACAUCUCUUUGUUGGAUUUUAUCCAUGUCCUGCUAACCACUACUUUCAGCUAUGGAAUCGACUGUUGAUGAUGAAGCGAUGGCAGCAUAAAUGAAGGCCAAGUAAGGAAGGCAGAACGAUGCCCAAGGGUGGGUGUUCUAAAACACCACAACUGGAAGAUUUCUCUCUCAGCAACGACAUGGUGGAGAAACAAACUGGGAAAAAGGAUAAAGAUAAAGUUUCUCUAACCAAGACUCCAAAAUUGGACCGGAGUGAUGGCGGCAAGGAGGUGAAAGAGAGAGCUACAAAACGGAAGCUGCCUUUCACUGUUGGAACAAAUGGAGAUCAAAAAGAUUCGGAUACAGAAAAGCAGGGUCCUGAAAGGAAGAGGAUUAAAAAGGAGCCCGCAACUCGGAAGCCCAGCCUGCUGUUCGGAAUGGGACUUCCAGGAAUCCGUGCAGGUUAUCCGCUCUCUGAGCGCCAGCAGGUUGCCCUUCUUAUGCAGAUGACAGCAGAAGAGUCUGCAAACAGUCCAGCAGUAGAUACAACACCAAAGCAUCCCUCUCAAUCCACAGUUUGUCAGAAGGGAACUCCUAAUUCUGCCUCCAAAACCAAAGAUAAAGUAAACAAGAGAAAUGAACGUGGAGAGACUCGGCUGCACCGGGCAGCUAUCCGAGGAGAUGCCCGACGCAUCAAGGAACUCAUUAUUGAGGGUGCAGAUGUCAAUGUAAAAGAUUUUGCAGGUUGGACGGCUUUGCAUGAGGCAUGCAACAGGGGUUACUAUGACGUUGCAAAACAGUUGCUUGCUGCAGGCGCCGAGGUCAACACCAAGGGCUUGGAUGAUGACACUCCGCUGCAUGAUGCAGCCAGCAAUGGGCACUACAAGGUGGUGAAACUGUUGUUACAUUAUGGAGGAAAUCCUCACCAGCUUAACAGGAGGGGAGAGACACCAUUAAAAGUAGCAAAUUCCCCCACAAUGGUCAAUCUGCUCCUGGGGAAAGCCACAUAUCCUUCCAGUGAAGAGAGCUCCACAGAGAGCUCAGAAGAGGAAGAUGCUCCUUCGUUUGCACCAUCCAGUUCCAUUGAUGGCAACAACACAGACUCUGAGUUUGAGAAGGGCCUGAAACACAAGGCCAAGAACCAGGAGCCUCCCAAAGCUGUCACACCCGUGAAGGAUGAAUAUGAGUUUGAUGAGGAUGAUGAGCAGGACAGGGUCCCACCAGUUGAUGAUAAACAUCUUCUGAAAAAGGAUUACAGGAAAGAGACUAAAGCAAAUAGUUUUAUUUCCAUCCCCAAGAUGGAAGUAAAAACUUAUACUAAAAACAGCACAAUCACACCAAAGAAAGCAUCCCAUCGUAUCCUUUCAGACACAUCUGAUGAAGAGGAGACCAGCCUGCCUGUGGGGACUGGGGAAAAGCUGCGGCUGACAACCCAUUCUAUCCUCCCCAGCAGCAAGGCUCGAGAACCUUCUAAUGCCAAACAGCAGAAAGAGAAAAGCAAAGUGAAGAAGAAGCGCAAGAAGGAAGCAAAGGGCAAAGAGGUUCGGUUUGGCAAAAAAAAUGACAAGUUUUGUUCCUCUGAAUCAGAGAGUGAAAACCUGGAGAGUGAGGAGGAUGACAGAGACUCUGUACAAAGUGCUACCUGUGUAAAGGACUCCAGAUUGGUGUUAAAGGAGUCAUCCUUGUUUAAUUCCCUUUCUGCUUCUUCUGCCUCUUCCCAUGGGAGUUUGGGGUCUCAGAAGCAUAAUGCUACCCUUGCAGAACAACACUCCAAGCACUGGAGGACAGACAACUGGAAAACAGUCUCUUCUCCAGCCUGGUCAGAUGUCAGUUCUUUAUCGGAUUCAACAAGGACGAGGCUGACCAGUGAGUCUGAUUACACGUCUGAGGACUCAAGCCUGGAAUCAUUGAAGCCCGUGAGGAAGAAGCAGGAGCCCAAGAAGCGUGCCCAACAUGGAGCUGCUGUGAUUGUGGAGAAGAAAAAUUCAUUCCAUGCCAGUGUUGAUGGAGCUAUUCCAAAGCGAGACAAGGAGGGGAAAGUUGUAAAAAAGCAUAAAACAAAACACAAACACAAAAACAAAGAGAGAGGCCAGUGUCCUGCCACCCAAGACAUUAAAAUAAUCAAAGCCUUUUCUUUUGACUAUGAGGACUCUAAGCAGAAGACCGAUAAGGCUUUGAUUGUGGAGACUGAAUGCCCUGUUGAGAACAAGCUCAAAGUGCUUAAGCAUGAGAGGGAGCACUUCAAGAAGGAAGACAAAUUUCAGAAAACUAAAUCUGAGGAGAAGGAGUGGCUGUUUAAAGACGAUGCUGGAAAAACCUCCAAAGAGGAGAAAUCCUUGAAAAAAGCCAAGGAGGCAAGUAAAGAUCUCAGUAAAACUUUCAGAGAAGAAAAGAACAGCAGAUUGGAAAAAGAGAAGCCCAUAAAGGAGAAAUCUCCUAAAGAGGAAAAACCUCGAAUACAUAAGGAAGAGCGAAAGAAAAAAUCUAAGGACAAGCAGUUCAAGACUGAUAAGAAAAAUGAACUGAAGGAGGAAAAACCAGUAAAACCAGAGAAGGAGAAGGCCCUGAAAGAGGAGAAAGAGAGAUGUAAAAAAGACAAAGGUUACAGGGAGGAGCCCAACUUUGAAGAGUUUAGUAAUAAAAACCAGUUUUUAGAAAGUGAGGACACAAAGUUCAGCCUCUCUGAUGAUCAGCAAGAUCGGUGGUUUUCAGAUUUGUCAUCAGAUUCUUCUUUUGAUUUCAAAGGAGAGGAUAGCUGGGAUUCACCAGUGGCAGACUACAGGGAAAUUCAAAAUGACACUGUGACAAAACUCAUCAUAGAAACGGUGAAGGAGGAGAUAAAAGACAAGAAGCGGGAUAGUAAAGCAAAAGAUAAGAGGGAGUACAGCGAGAAACGUAAUGAAAAAGACACUUUUCUAAAAAAGAAAGAGAGGGAAUAUGUUGAGCGGAACUCUGAGAAGAAAAAGGACCAAGUUGAAAAGCAUAAAAGUAUUUCUAGUUAUCUGCCUGAAAAGAAAAGAAAGGAUUCUGCUGAAAGCUUUAAAGAGAGAAAAGAAAAGGAGGCUAGUGAAAUUAACAGAGAGAGAAGAGAUUUGCCCGAUAGCUCUAAAGAUAGAAAAGAAGUUAAAAUAAAACAAGAAGAAUCCUACAGAGAUGAAUUUAAAGACUAUGGCUGUGAAACAUUCUUCAAAGAAAAAUCCGAACCCGAAUUUAGUGGGAAAAAUGUGGAGAACUGGGAUAGGCAUCAUUCAGGAAAAGAGAAGAAAGAUGUGCCAGAGAAGGACAAGAAAGAGAAAUUAAAAACAGAAAAGUACAAGGAGAAAUUCAAAGUAGAGGACAAAGAGAGAAAUGAGAAAGCUUUGCCGGAAAAAACCCAGAAGGACAAAGAAUUAGAUAAAGGUUUUAAAGAGAAGAAAGAUACAAAGGAGAAAUAUAAAGAUCCCCACAAUAAAGAUAAAGAGAGAAAGGGUUCACUAGACCAAGUAAAAGAGAAGAAAGAGAAGAACUUUUCUGGAGAUAGAGAGGAUUUCCACGAGAGGAGGGAUGAGAAAAAAGGCCGGGAGAGGACAUGGUAUAACAUCUUAGAUAUCUUCACAGAUGAAAGUGAAGAUGAGAAGGAUGAUUACAGCCUAAGUGGGUUCAAACUUGGAGAGGGCCUUGGGAGCGAAAUGCAUCGUAUGGAUAGCAUGCAAGACAAAGACGAUAGCAUGGUAGCUGAGAGAGACCUUUAUGUCCCUGACAAGCACAGGAAAUACUCCUCUGAUCGGCAGCAUUCCACUGAGAAACAGAAAGACAAAGAGUCAAAAGAGAAGAAGAAGGACAAAGGGUUACCAGAGGGUGGAAAGGAGAAAAAAGAGAAAAGCUCCUUUGAAAAACACAAAGAGAAGAAGGACAAAGACUCAGCAGAGAAGUAUAAAGACAGGAAGGAGAGAAGCUCAGUGGACUCAGCCCAAGAAAGGAAGGCAAAGCAGAAAUUCCCUGAAAAGGUGGAAAAGAAACAUGCUGGGGAAGAGAAGGUUAAAAACAGGCACAAGGAAAAGCUAGAUAAAGAGUAUACUAAGGAGAAACGGUCUUCGAAAAGCGGAGAAGCAGAAAAGAGCUUGCUGGAGAAACUGGAGGAAGAAGCCCUCAAUGAAUACAGAGAUGACUCCAAUGAUAAAAUCAGUGAGAUUUCUUCUGAUAGCUUCACAGACAGAGGGCAAGACCCCGUACUCACCAAUAUCUUUGAGUCUUCCAACCUUUCACUUGCAGAUGCCAACGAAGAGAAAUUUAAGGAGUCUCUGCCUUUGCCUUGCCUUCCAGAUAAACUCAAGGAGAAAGAGAGGCACAGGCAUUCUUCAUCCUCGUCAAAAAAAAGCCAUGAAAAGGAAAAAGCAAAGAAAGAGAAAGCUGAAAAGAAAGAUAAAACAGAUGAGUUUAAAGACUCCAGCAACAGGAAAGAUUCUACUCAGUAUGAGAAGGACUUUGCCAUGGAUGGAGAAGGCAUUAGUAUUUCUUAUGGAACAAAAACAGAGGCUGAAGAGGAACUGGACAAAAACAUGGAGUAUUUGUUUACUGAAAAAAAGGAAAAGAAUGAUGCUGAAAGAGAACUUCCAAAGAAGGCAGAGAAAGACAAAGCGUACAGCUCCAGCACAGUCAGCACAACCAAAGAGAAGAAGAAGAGGGACAGGCAUAAAGAAAAGUGGAAAGAGGAGAGAGAGAAGCACAGAGACAAACACACUGAUGGUUUCUUUAGGCACCACAAGGAGGAGCAGAAGUCUGCCAAAGACAAGGAUAGCUCUCAAGUGAUCACUGUUAAAGACAAAUCAAAAGAGGAAACACCCAAAUUUAAUGACCUCAAAGUAAAGGAACGACUCAAGGAAAAUCAAGAAAAGGACAAAUCAGAGUGUCUUAAAAUGAGCAACGGGAAUGAUAAAAUAACCUUACCCAAAGAAGGCACCAAGAAGGACAUCAGACCCAGGGAAAAGCUUUUGGGAGAUGGUGACCUAAUGAUGACCAGCUUUGAGAGGAUGUUGAGCCAAAAAGAUCUUGAGAUUGAAGAGCGCCACAAGAGACACAAAGAGAGAAUGAAACAAAUGGAGAAGAUGAGGCAUAGAUCUGGAGACCCCAAAUUAAAAGACAAAGUCAAGGCCAAUGAGGAUAUGCGCAAAAGGAGUCUGGAUUUGACUACAAAGAAACCACUAGCGCCUGACACUCAGUUAAAGGACAAGAAACUCAAAGAUCUAGGCCCACUGGCUCCAGUAGUAUCCCCAGAUAACAAGAACCAACCUGUUGUUGGGGUGGAUUCCAAGGAUUGGAUAGCCGGCCCCCAAAUGAAGGAAAUCCUACCUGCGUCUCCAAGGCCAGAUCAGAACCGGCCAACAGGGGUUCCAACACCAGCAUCUGUUGUUUCUUGCCCAAGCUAUGAAGAGGUGAUGCAGACACCAAGGACUCCAUCUUGCAGCAAUGAAGAUUACACAGAUCUGAUGUUUGACUGUGCUGACUCUCAGCAUUCAUUGCCCAUAUCCACCAUGUCCAUGAACGCUUGUUCUCCAUCUUUCUUUGACAGAUAUUCCAACUCUUCAAGUGGAUUCCCGGAGAACCCAAGUCAGACCCCAACAAGGACUAUCCCCUCCACAAAUCUUCACCGUUCAAUGUCUGUAGAUAUCAGAAGAGCAGCAGAGGAAGAGUUCAAUGUUGGGGACAAAUUUUUCAGGCAGCAAAGUGUCCCAGCCACUUCUAAUUAUGAUUCUCCAGUUCAGCACUUGAUGGAGGAGAAAGUAUCUCUCCCCUCCAUUCCCAUAGAAAAGUUCCCAUGUUUGUCCCCAGAAUAUUAUUCACCAGACUAUGGAGUCCCAUCCCCUAAAGCAGAGGCAUUGCAUUGUGCACCAGGAACUGUGGGCAAUGUUGUUCAGUCCCCUGAAAGUGUAUUUUCUGGAUUGCAAGCCAAAUCUUCCCCUUCUCAUAGAGAUGAACUGCUUGCCCCUUCUGUUGAAAGUGCUCUCCCUCCAGAUCUUGGCCUGCCUUUGGAUGCCACAGAAGAGCAACAAGCAACUGCUUCCAUUAUGCCCCCAGAGUCCAGCUUUUUACCACCAAUUGAAGACAAUGAGUUUGGCUCUAGCAUUCCGGAACAGAAUAGUACUGAGUGGGAGACCACUUCAACAAGAAAUCUGGAUCCUCCUGUGCCUCAGAGUUUGAUUGGCAAUCCUUCUGAUCAUGCUGUCAGCUGGACAGUGGGAUCAGAGCUGCUCAUUAAAUCUCCCCAACAGGGUCCUGAUUCCCCAAAGCCUUUCUGUUCUCCAGACAUCCCACAUCCCACACCUGUGCCCUUCAUUUCUGCAGAUUCCCUACAUCCCAGUUCCCCCGUUUCAUACUCUCUCUCGGUGACUGAAUCAAGGCUUGAUACAGCAAAGGAAGAUGCUGAAGAAGCAGUUCCAACAGAAAUGGUGACUGCAGAACAGCAGGCUUCAUAUGCAGAUUCCCCUGCUAGAUUAGACACUUUCUUUAUUAGUGGUAGUAAGCCUGUUCCAGAGGAAGCAUCUGACACACCUUUGCAGCCAGCUAGCAUGCCAGCAGAAUCGAAAGUGGAGGCUGUUAAUGCUCUGGAAAACUCGGAAGAGAGCACCAUUGCCCCUGUAAAUCCUGAGGAACAAGCUGCAUGGCCUGAUCCAUUUCCAAAUUCAGAGGAUGACUUAGACCUGGGUCCUUUCUCUUUACCAGGAUUGCCACUUCAAUCAAAAGAUGUUCCAGAGGAAGAAUUGGCAGAGUCAGCUGAAAACACUCAUGCGGCAGAUCAGGAAACCACCAGUGCAGACUUUGUGGAUGUUGGGGUGUCUUUGGGGGCUACAAACAAGCAGGAUGAUCUAACUCUUAACCAAAAGAGCAUCCUUCCUGAGGAGCCAGAUCUACAAGCUGAUGAGCAAAAGGCCAAUGAGAUUUCACUAGAAGUUGUGUCAGAAGCAUCAAGUGCCCCAGAACAGAAAAAUAUAGAAGAAGUGGAGGCUCCCCAGAAUAUUCAGGAGGUGACACCAGCAGAUCUUGCUCAGUCAGAGACCAAGGAGGAGGAAACCAAUUGUGAAGAACUCUCCUCAGCUACUCUUGCAUCAGACAGUGGUUCUCAAGUUAGUUUGAGCCAAGCAAUCAGAACUGAGAGCACUGAUGUUCAAGACGUAGUGGUACCCGGAAGCAACAGCCAGAUCCCUUCCUCUCAGACAGAGGUGCUGCAAGGGAGUACCCAGUUAGAAUCUACAGAGCCACCACCCAAACCAGUCCCUGAAACCCCAAAGCCCCCCAAAAUCGAAGAAAUCCCACAACGGAUCACCAGAAACCGAGCCCAGAUGCUUGCCAAUCAAAACAAACAGAAUGCUGCUGCUGCUACUACUGCUACUGCUACUGCUACUACUACUACUACAACAACUACUACUACUACUUCUGAAAAAGAGUUCCCCCCUGCUUCUGCCCCUUCAACACGAGCAAAAGGGCGUGUCUCAGAGGAGGAAGAUGCCCAGGCACAACAUCCGCGGAAGCGCAGGUUCCAGCGCUCCAAUCAGCAGCUGCAGCAGCAAAUCAACACCUCCACCCAGCAAACACGGGAAAUGAUCCAGCAGACACUGGCUGCAAUUGUUGAUGCCAUCAAGUUGGAAGACAUUGAACCUUACCACAGCGACAGGUCCAAUCCCUAUUUUGAGUACCUACAGAUCAGGAAGAAAAUUGAGGAGAAGCGGAAAAUUCUCUGCUACAUCACUCCCCAGGCACCCCAGUGUUACGCUGAGUAUGUCACCUACACAGGCUCAUACCUGCUGGAUGGCAAACCUUUGAGCAAGCUGCACAUUCCAGUGAUUGCACCCCCUCCAUCGUUGGCGGAUCCCCUCAAGGAGCUAUUCAAGCAGCAGGAAGCAGUCCGUGGCAAACUGCGCCUCCAGCAUAGCAUUGAGCGGGAGAAGCUGAUUGUGUCAUGUGAACAGGAGAUAUUGAGGGUUCAUUGCCGAGCAGCAAGGACAAUAGCCAAUCAAGCAGUGCCCUUCAGCGCAUGCACCAUGCUUCUGGAUUCGGAGGUGUACAACAUGCCUCUGGAAAAUCAGGUCUGGGCCCGUCUUCUGAUGGGAGAUGAAAACAAAUCCGUCAGAGAUCGUUUCAAUGCUCGUCAGUUCAUUUCGUGGUUACAGGAUGUGGAUGACAAGUAUGACCGGAUGAAGACGUGCCUGUUGAUGCGACAGCAACAUGAAGCAGCGGCCUUAAAUGCAGUGCAGCGAAUGGAGUGGCAGCUGAAAGUGCAGGAGCUGGACCCUGCUGGGCACAAAUCACUCUGUGUGAACGAGGUGCCCUCGUUCUACGUGCCAAUGGUGGACGUGAACGAUGACUUUGUGCUCUUGCCGGCAUGACAGUACCAAGCCUGGAGACAUUCUCACUGCAAACUGGCAUGGGUGGGUGCCCCCUGAGGAUGGGUGCAGGCGCUCACACACACCCCAACCGCUUGCUGAUGAAUCCCAAGUCAGACAAGGAGGAAGCAGGAAAAAAAAUCAAUGAGAAAAUCAAUGGCACUUUCUUCACACUGUCUCCCUGCGCACCAGGCAGCAGGAGCAGGGGAAGGUGAGGUGCAGGCAGCUCCUUUCAUACCGGUUGCUGUGUCGGAAGGCAGGCAGCUUGCGCACGGCAGCAUCUUACCAGACUGGAGGGAGGAAGGAGAGAGACCGAUGGAAGCAGGGAGCAAGAGAAACCCUGAGACACCCCCCCUCUGUGCUUCAUCGGCUGCCAAACAGCGAAGGGAGGUGACCAGGGCCGUUGACACACUCACAAUCACAGCAGUUGUUUCAAGCGCUUUGAUUCCUCCCGCCCCCCCAUUUGCCUGUGGGUGGAUCUUUCCUCAGAUAAACUGCAGGGCAAAACUGUGGGGGUAGGUGGGUUCUUGGGAGGGGUGGGAGAGUUCUUUGGUUUCUUCUUGCAUCCAGGCUACAGUAAAAUAAGUUGAUAAGAAAAGAAGAAGAGAGCACUCAGCCAGGCCCUGGAGGUGGCACAGACAAGGGCCAGGCCACUGGACUCGAGACCCAGGACAUGCUCCAGGUCUCCUUCAAAACCAUGGGGAGGCAGCAGCCACCUGACCCUGUACAAUAAGUGGCGCAGAGCAAGGACUUUGCAAUUCAGUUUUUAAAUGGAGUAAAAUCCGUAUGGUUUAUAUAUAUAUAUAUAUAAAUAUAUAUAAAUAUAUAUAUUUUUCCUUUAAUCUUGGGCAUUUUGUUUCUCUUUCUGAGAACAUAACUUGAAAAAAAAAGAUAAAACACUACAAGAGCCAAUACUCGUAUAAAGAUAAAUUGUAUCCCAUAAAAGCUGUACAGUUUUUAUAUUCAUUAACAAUGUACUUUUGCUGCCUUCUAGAUAAUUUAUUUUGCAACACAUUACUGCACAGUUGUAAAUAACUUAUGUACUGUAACAUCACUUUCAGUCAUGUGUAAAGAAAUAAAUAAAUUAAUUAAAAUUA